CGCGCUUCGGCGAGUCGCAAGUCGUCUUUCACAAACAACCUGCGUUGGCAGAUGCUCCGUCCUCCAGCGACACAGCGGCCCCCACUCCAUCUUCUGGGCCGCUCGCGUCCUCAACUAUGCCCACCCACCCUCGCACGCCCUAGGCCGGCAACUCAGGCACGCACACUCUUCGGAUGGUUCAAGAAAUCCAACGCCGCGCAGACGAAAAAGGACUCCGCGCCGGUGCUCAGUCAGGACGACCUCUUCCACCCGUUCUCCAACUCGCCAUUCCCUGCGAUCCGUGCACGCGGAGAAGCAGUCCAGAAGCUCGCACCCUGUCCAGUUUGUGCAGCUGAAGCCAAGGGUACAAGCGGCACGCAUGUCCACACGCACGCCCAGCCGAAAGCGGUCAAGUUUGAAUGUCCAGACUGUGGAUUGAGGGAGGUGAAUGAAGACGAGCAUGACCUGAGGAGUGGGCGUAGGAUGCGAGAGUUCGAGCUACCAGGUCCCCAAGACUCGGAAGCUGCUAUUUCUUUCGCGAACUGGGACGUCUUCUGGUACACCCGAAAUUUCCCGUCCAUGGACACGGAUCGGUCGCGGCGGCAUGCGAGCAAGCUGCUCACCUACCCGAUCACGAUCGGGUCCGUCCUACAUCAAUUCAGUGGACUGACGCUGCGCAACCAGCGGCUCACAUCAGAGGGGAGUCGCUCAUUAGCUGCUCUGCGGACUACGUUGCACGUCCCUCCUGGUGCGCCUGAAGUGGAGGCUGCAGCUGCAGUAAAACCGCAAGCGCGGAUUUUUGUAUUGGGUGCGCGGGCAGAGUCGUCUUUACCGCCGCACGUUUGGGAGCAGCUUUGCCUGCUCUUCCCUGCGGCGUUGUUUCACCUCUACUUCAUUGGCCCUCAAGUGUCCCUACCGAGACCCGCGAGCGAGCUGAAGAAACCAACGAACAAGCCGCAGCCGCAAAGCUCGGAUGGUCAGCAAUCAUCGUCAACAGACUCGUCGUCAGAAAGCGUAUCACAGGCGGAUGGAAAGUCGGCUGACGAGAAGCCUGUCUAUGUGCCGAACAUCUACGAGCCUCCUACUCCGGCGCCGAUUGCACGACUGAAGCGCACUAGGGAGUCGAUUCAGCAAUAUGGCGUCCCUUCUUACACAGUUCCCUACACGCCGCAACUCACCAUCACAGGCAUGCAAGCCGGAUACAUGGACGUGCACGCGCAUUUCCAGGAGACCUUUGACCCAUACACGGAUUGCUUCGUCCUAUUCUCUCCUGGAUUUGGCUUCCCAUCGCCGAACUCGACUUCGGAGGUCACUGGAGAACCCUUGUUGCAGAUCGCCUCACCAACGGAGUGGGGCCCGGUUAUCCCCUUGCUGCUGGCAAGCAAGUGUCCCAUCUUCGUGACCGGCUUCUCCCCCGCGGAUGUGGAGCGGGAUGUGAAAUCGCUCUCGACUGCCCCUGAAGUCGCCGGAGAGUUCGACUGGGUAAUCACUCCGGGGCCAAAUGCAUUUGGGAGCGAGAAGUGGGAGGUAGCAGACUUCGAUCCUCGCGUGAUGGUCAAAACCAAUUGGGGUCUUUGGGGGAUUCGAGGCAAGAGGAGGGAUGUGCAGGAGUCGAAGAGAUGGUUCUUUUAAAUGUCGCAGUACACAUCAUAAUGCUACCAUACAGCUUACCAUCCGUC